AUGAGGCCGACUUUAGUGCUUCUACGGUCACAGUGUCUCCUGUGUGUGUUUGUUAGUGUAUGUGUGCCCGGGGUUGUGGGCUCGCUACCUCACACACUACCAUGGCACGUCUCCUGCCCGGUGCGGUGUGUGUGUCAGAUCAAGCCAUGGUUCUCACCUGAUUCUGUCUACCAGGAAGCUCCUACUGUGGACUGCAACAACCUGCUAUUGACCAAGCUCCCGUUACCCAUACCCCUAAACACACACACCUUGCGCCUGCAGAGUAACCUUAUGUCUGAACUGGACACUGCAGUGCUGCAUGGACUCCCCAACCUCACUGACCUUGACUUAUCACAGAAUCGCUUCAGCCGUGUCAGGACAAUAAUACAGAGUUCGUCCCUGCCUUCUCUGCUGUCUCUACACCUGGAGGAAAACCAUCUUAGUCACCUCCCUGACGCUUCCUUCUCCUCACUGCCAGCUUUGCAGGAGCUCUUUCUCAGUCACAACAACUUACACUCAGUAGCACCAAGAGCCUUCACAGGCCUGGAGUCCCUACUGCGUCUGCAUAUUAACAACAACAGACUCACCACCAUUGAUCCUCAGUGGUUCAUAGCUUUACCUCGCUUGGAAGUUCUCAUGCUUGGGGGAAACCCUGUAGAGGCCCUGCCUGAGCAGGGUUUCCUGGCCCUAAAAUCCCUCCGGAGUCUUGUCCUUGGUGGUAUGGGUCUGAGGGGCUUAGCUGAAAAAGCACUGGAAGGGUUGGAGGGACUGGAGAGUCUCUCCUUCUAUGAUAACCUUCUGACCAAGGUCCCCACUCAGGCCCUGAGGAGAGUGCCAGGACUGAAGUUCCUUGACCUCAACAAAAACCGCAUCAAACUGAUCGAGACAGGAGACUUUCGAGACAUGGUUCAUCUGAAGGAGCUUGGCCUGAACAACAUGGAUGAGCUGGUGUCCAUUGAGAAAGCUGCCCUGGAGAAUCUUCCAGAGCUCACCAAGCUGGAGAUCACCAACAACCCACUUCUGUCUUACAUUCAUCCACUGGCUUUCGUCCAGCUGAGGAGGUUGGAGAGUCUCAUGCUCAACUCCAACUCCCUGAGUGCUCUGCACCAGAACAUCAUGCUCUCCCUGCCGAGUCUUCAAGAGGUCAGCUUACACUCCAACCCACUCCAUUGUGACUGCCUCUUCCAGUGGGCUGCAGAGGAGGCCUCCCAUCCCCAUAUUGAUAGAGACACACAAACAGACAUACAAUCACCCCGUAUGGUGCGUUUCAUCCAACCUCAAGCCACUUUGUGCUCUGAACCCCCAGAUCUGAGAGCUCGCAGGGUGAGAGAGGUGUCCACCAGGGAGAUGUCAGCCUCCUGUCUCCCCAUGAUCACCACCAGCUCCCUCCCCUCAUACGUAGGUGUAAGAGAAGGAGGAGAACUGGUUUUGCACUGCCGAGCUCUUGCAGAUCCACAACCUGAACUUUACUGGGUGAUUCCCUCUGGGCUGAGACUUGGUCCUGCUCCAAGCCAUGCAUCUAAAGGUUUAUUAGCUCAUUCUCCCUGCAACAGCCUGACAGCCUCUGAGGGAUUCAACCACACAUCUGCCACAAGCGUCUCCUCCAGCCAUGCUCAAAAUGAUACCACCUGUAACCCUUCCAAACACUACCGGCUACUGCCUGAGGGAACUCUGGAGAUCAACAAGGUCACCCUCAGUGAGGCAGGAUUGUAUACAUGCAUUGCUGAGAAUGCUCUUGGAGCAGAUACACGCAGUGUUACUGUGGGUGUACAUGGAAGGGAAAAGAAAAGAAAGAGGGGGGUGGCUGCUAAUUUUAAGGGAUAUCCAUCACUCCAAGCAGAUGCCGGGUUCGAGGUGAGGGAAGUCGGAGAACACUUUGCUAUCCUGUCAUGGCACAGCAGGCGCAACCUCCCCUCAACUCGCUUAUCCUGGCAAGCCAUAUACUCAAAUGCACACACACCUACAUACACCACACGUAUCCUGGCUGGCACACAAAGCUUUAACUUAACGCACUUGCAGGCAGAGACAUUUUAUCAAGUGUGUCUACAUUUAGGGAUGAAUGAGGGCACCAAGCAUGCCAGCAGGAGAGCAAGAGAAAGCAGAAAGCCUCAGUGUGUUUCAUUCAGGACAAAGGAUGCACCAGAGCCACAGCCUAGCCUGCAGCUUAGCCCAGAGCUGACCUCCACAGCAGUAACACUAUUGCUCCUCGCACUUAUACUGCUGCUGCUGGCAGGCCAGGGCUGGGACACUGAGCCCGGUGAAGAGGAAGGAAAGCACAGCAGUACCUUUCUCCAGGAAAUCAAAAGUCAAAAGGCUCCAGUCAUCAGCCAAAAGACAGAAGAGAGCAGCUCAGACCCCCAGGAAAUAAGACAGAAACUCUAA